GACGACUCGGCUGUGGACAAGACCUUCCUCACCCAGGCCAGCUUCGAGCUCGCUCACGACAGGAUGGUAGAAGUCAUCACAGAUGUGGCGCCUUGGGUACCAGACUGGGACGAGCUAAAGACGAUUGACCUCAGAGGGCGGAAGUUGGAGAGCGUUGUUCGGCUGAAAGAGUUCCUGCCGAAACUCGAAGAAGUUGCGCUGGACGACAACGAGAUUAGCUACUUUACAGGUUUGCCAUCUACCUUGAAGAGUCUUACUGUGUCGUUCAACCAGGUGCCUUCGAUUGCCUCUUUCGGUCAUCUCUUGCAUCUCGAGACGCUGGAUAUUAGCCACAACGAGGUCGAUGAUCUCUCCUCUCUGGAAUGUCUUCAGCAUCUGCGAUAUCUCAAAGCGGAUAACAAUGGGAUCAAGACGCUGAACGGUAUUCUGGCGCUUGAGCAUCUUCACACCUUGUCGCUACGGGAUAACAAGCUAACCGUCUUGAAUCUGCAGACGAGCUCAUGGAGGAAGCUCUCAACACUAGAUGUCUCACACAAUCGAAUUGUCACAAUCCGGGGUCUCAUGACUUGCCGGCAUCUGAAGUCCCUCAACGUCAGCUCAAAUGAUCUCAGCCGACUGGACCUCGAGCCGAGCAUGCCAAAGUUGAGAGUCCUGCGUGUGAGCUCGAAUGCUCGUUUGAGCGAGCUCGACGUGCUGCCUGCCAAGGAUCUCCGCACCUUGUACGCAGACUUCUGCGCUCUGGAGCGGAUAGAACACUUAGGCUCACUCAGCAAGCUGGAGAACAUAAGUGUGAGACAGCAACUGAACGAUCGCGGCGGCUUCGUCUGGCCGGGCAGCCAGGUGAAGGAUGCCAAGAGGCUCUUUCUCUCAGCGAACGCCUUCUCGCGCGACCUGUCCCUCUACGCCUCUGCUCCCCGUGCCCCACCGGCCUUUACGCAACUGGUGUAUCUGGAAUUGUCGGCCUGUCAACUCGAGACGCUCCCCUCGAACUUCUCUUCCCUCUUCCCAACUCUGCACCACCUCAACCUCGACCACAAUCUCUUUUCGAAGCUCCCCAAGCGCUGUCUCUCUGGUCUGAGGGACCUGAAGAGGUUGAGCAUGGUCGGUUCGCGUAUGGGCAAGACGCGCAACUUGCUCGAGGCACUAGAAGGGUGCCAAGCUUUGAGCGUGCUGGAUACAAGGAUGAAUCCCCUCACGCUGGGCUUGUACCCGCCUAUGCUGCUCACCUCGCCUGCGGCGGCUGACAAUCAGCAUGCCUCUGCAAGUCACCUUAGCCACACAGCAGCAGCUUCCAGCACGAGCACCUAUGCCCUCUCCGAUGCGCGCUUUGCCCGUACCCUACCAGAGAGUUUUGCACUGAAGCGACUACUGCACAGAGGCACGCUGGGCAUGGUAUGUCCGCGCUUGGAGUGGCUUGACGGGCUUGUGCUUGCGGACGAGGAAGUGCGAGCGGCAGAGCAGUGGUUG